AUGGAUGUUUGCGAUCAGCCUGCAAAAAGUGAUUGUUUGAAUUUUGUCCUGUAUAAUGCUGAUUUUGGUUGUACAUCUUGUUUAAUACAAGACCAAACAUUGUGUACAGAUGCAGGUGGUCAUGUUCACGUUUAUCCAUAUGAACCUCAGACACAAUUAAGAACCUCGGUGCAAACAAUACAACAUGCAAAUCUCACAACACCAGACCAGUCUGUAAUGGGAGUUAAAGGGAAUUCUGCACUAUUGUUAAUUAUGCCUGAUUUUAUUCGAAGAAUUGCAAUAGAUCGUAUGCAUUGCUGCGAUGGUGGUGUAAUUAAAAAAAUUCUGACUCUGUUGUUUGAUGCUUCGUACAGCGAUAAAGUCUUUUCAUUACGAGCAGUCAUGAACCAAAUAGACAACCGAUUGAUAGGUAUCAAGCCACCUAAGUUUGUACACCGUAUGCCACGUUCCAUUAAUGAUUUGAAACAUUGGAAAGCAUCUGAAUUAAAAAUGUUUUGCUUUUAUUACGCAAUACCAAUAUUUGAAGGCAUUAUGCGUCCUGAUUAUUUUCAACAUUUGUUAAAAUUGAUUAUUGGACUAUUCAUCUUAAGUUGCGAUGUAAUUAGUGAUGCUAUGAUCGAAGUAGCUCGUGAUCUCUUAAAUUGUUUCGUUCGGAAUUUUGAACAGUUGUAUGGGUUAAGGUAUUGCUCUAUAAAUACACAUUUAUUGAUACAUUUACCUGACUCCGUAAGAACUUUGGGACCCUUGUGGGCUCAUACGUGUUAUGAAUCUGAGGACUUGAAUGGACAAUUAUUAAAGCUAUUUCAUGGAACAUGGCACAUAGAUACUCAACUAACACGAUCUCAGACUCAAUUUCUAACUAUGACAAGGCUUAUUGAUUUAUCACAAAAUGAAAAUGUGCGUCAUUUUUGA